AGCGAAAAAGACGCCGGCAACAAAAGCAGGGAAAAAACGGCAUACGUUUUUGCGAAAAAUUGUAUAAAACGAAAGAGAAAUUCAAUUAUAAAUCGCCAAAAUGUCCUUCAAAGGCAAUCCUAAGGUGCAAAAGGUGAUGGUGCAGCCCAUCAACCUGAUCUUUCGUUACCUGCAAAGUCGUUCGCGCGUCCAAGUGUGGCUAUACGAGAACAUUUCGCUGCGCAUCGAGGGCCACAUCGUGGGCUUCGAUGAGUACAUGAAUCUGGUACUGGAUGAUGCCGAGGAGGUUUAUGUCAAAACGCGCCAACGCAAAAAUCUUGGACGCAUCAUGCUCAAGGGGGACAAUAUAACGCUUAUACAGAAUGUUAGCCCAUCUAAGGACUAGGCUAAAAUUCUUAAACUAAUUUCUCUGAAGAAAAUAUCUAAUAAGUGAAUUAACUGUAAAUGGAAAACUUAACCAACAAUAAA